GGAGAUACAUAGGGACUCUACUAACGUUCAGUCGUUGUUAUUAGUCUCAUGCUAUGAACACGUGCCUGUCAGCUCAAUACCAAUGUAAACUGCGUUCCUUUUAACUGUGGAAUUGAUCGAGAAUUUAUUUUAAUUAUAUUAUUUUUACAGAAAAAGUGAAGUAUUGUUUUAGUGACACUUAAGUGAUAUAAUUAUAAAUAUAGUUAUUUCAUUCGUAAAUAGUGAAUAAUAGCCUAUAGAAAGGACUAAAAAUUUGUCGUGUUUAAUUAUGUAUACAUAUUUAUAUAUAUGUAUCUACAUCACCAUUUGAUUGAAAUCACUUUUCUGCGGUUGUUUUUUAUGAACAUUAGUUUAUUAUAAACUCUACCGAACUAUUAUUAUUAUUUGUGUGUUCCGAAUGACAACAAGUGAAAUUCAAACAUGAAGCGAGGUCCAUAUAAGUCAUACUUGAGUCCAGAUUGUAACGGCAUAAUGCCUCGAUCAACUUUUUAUGGAAAAUUAAAGAAGUAUCAGUGUGAUAUUACAAAUGUACAAAAUCAAACCUCUAAUCAAAACGUUGGUGGUAAUAUUACGAACGCAAAUGCCUCAUUGCCUCUCAGGCAAUUUUUCGAUGAUAGCAACACAUUUUCAAAUGAAGCUGCGGCCGAAACUGAUGCUCUUUUUAGUCAUCAACGAACCUCAACUACCAUUCAUUCGGUAUCUAAUUCAUGGCUAUAUGAAGAUUACGAUGCAGAAUCUUUACAUCAAGAAAUCUGGUUUGACGCCGAAGAUUCAACAACGAUAAGUGAUUUUCAUGAGGAUUAUAAUAUCGAUCCUAGUCAGCCAGAAGAUGAAGAGGAAGAGGAAGAUACAAAUAACAGUUACAACAAACCAGUUUGCAAGUGUUCGACAAUCACACGGGGUGAAGCUCUAAUAAUGACACUAGCAUUAGGAGCUGAAGAAUCCCUGACAUGGAAAACUAUUAUUUCGAUUUUAUCAAUGAUUAAUACGUUAUUCCAAAAUGACGUGGUUCCUGCUUCUAAGUAUAAAUUAUUUAAAACGUUAAAACUAAAUGAAAACAUUCUUGUAUAUCAUGUGUACUGUGAUGAAUGUCAUUAUUAUUUUGGCGCUCAAAGCAAAUUCAAUAAAGAUGAAUUUCAGUGCAAAGUUUGUGACAAUAAUGGGAAAUCGCGAGAAAUUUGUUAUUUUUUAACGUUUGAUGUUUCUCUGCAAUUAAAAUCCAUAUUAGAAGAUCAAGAAGUUCAAGAAGUUUUAAUGAAGAAUCUUCAAAGUAAGAAAGAUAAUUGCAACGACAAUGAUCUUCGAAGUAUGAGUGAUGGUGAAAUAUAUAAACAAUUAUCCAUGGAAGAUAACCCUUUAUCAGAAGAAUAUAAUUUUUCAUAUACUUUCAACACUGAUGGUUGUCAACCAUCAAAAUCGAGCAAGCUUUCUAUCUGGCCCAUAUAUGCUUGCAUUAAUGAGCUAUCUCCAAAACUUCAAUCCAAGCACAUGAUAAUGACAGGCUUAUGGGUUGAUAAAAAAGAACCAGAUAUGCUCCUUUUUCUACAACCAUUCGUCAAUGAAGCGAAUAAAUUAUCGGAGGAAGGUGUCCAAUGGAAAUUACAGCAACAGACAAUAACCAGCAAGUUCAUCCCGAUUUGUGCCGUAGUUGAUUCAGUCGCAAGAUGUAAAAUCUUAAAUAUGAAACAGUAUAAUGGUUCGUACGGUUGUACAUUCUGUGAACAUCCAGGGGAACGUAUUAAUAACUCCCAAAAAUUUCCUAUGACAAUGAUUGUUCCAAAAGAACGAACAGACAAGACAAUUAAAGAACAAAUGGUAAGAGCUGCUGCGAAUGAAUAUGGUAAUGAUGUUAUGGGUGUGUGGGGGCCAUCACCAUUAAUGAAUUUAAACCAUUUUAAUAUUGCUGAUGGAAUGCCACCCGAUUACAUGCACGCUGUUUUAUUAGGUGUAAUAAAACAACAUACUGAACUUUUGCUAUCUUCAUUUGGUGAAGAUUAUUAUGUGGGUAGUCCGAACCAACUCGAAGCAUUAAAUACAAAACUUGUGAGCUUUAAACAUCCUACAUGUAUAACUCGAUCUCCAAGGACGCUAGCCGAAAGGGAAAUGUGGAAGGCAACAGAAUGGCGAUCAUGGCUUCUUUUUUAUUCGCUUGUAUGCUUCAAGGGGAUUCUCCCACAGAAAUAUUUAAAUCAUUUAGCUUUAUUGGUGGAAGCUAUACAUAUUUUAUUAUCUGACAAAAUUAGUUUUGAUGAACUGGACACGGCAGACAAUUUGAUAUUGAGAUAUGUAACAAUAUAUCAAGAGUAUUUUGGUAUGCACGUAAUGACAUAUAAUAUACACUUAUUAUUACAUAUGGUGAAAAGUGUACGACAGUUAGGGCCUUUGCGACAUCAUAAUACAUUCAUUUUCGAAAAUGAAAAUCAUUUUCUAAUGAAAUUGCAAAAGAGUCCUAAUAAUAUUAUUAUUCAGAUCGCCAGGCGUUAUUUGUUUCAAAAAGCAUUAUCACCAUUAAAAAAUAAAAUUCAUACAAGUGAAGAGUUUUUACAAUUCUGUGAAAAAAAUUUGACAGGGCGCUUGAAAAAUACUUUUGAAGUCGAUGGCUGUGUACUAGUCGGAAAGGGUAAAGAAUAUUAUUUGAAUGACAAUGAGCGAAAACUUUUGAACAGAAUAGAUAAAUGUAAAUCUUUUAAUAGAUUUAUCCUCGACAGCAAAAGAUAUACAUCAAAAAGUUAUCGCUCUUGUGAAAAAAUAGAUGACUCCGUAAUAUUAUUAAAAAAUGGUCAGAUUGGCGUAAUAAAAAACAUUUGUUACUUCAAUUUACAUGAAAAUGAGAAAAAUAUAUACAUUUUUUAUGAAGAAGUAAUAAGAUUGAGGAGAUAUUUUCAUUCUUCAAGAAAUGUAACUGUUCAUAAUAUUGAAGAAUGCUUGAUCAAAAAAAAUUUACAAUUUUGUGAAGCGAAAAUGAUAUUACAACCGUGUAUGUUAACUACUAUAGGGAAUAAGCAGUAUGGGAUUUUUAUACCAACAGGAUGCUAUGGCGAUUAAAGGAUAAAAUGUAUGAGUUUAUUGGCAAGUUUAAAUUCUCCAAAUUAUCAUUAACAGACCUGUUUUAGUAAUUAUUUAUUGUAAUUUUUAAAAUGUUUUUUGUUAUGCUUGAAAUUUUAGAAUUUUUAAAUGGAAAAAAUUAAAAUUUUUGAAUCUAAAAAACAAAUUUGGUGUUCUACAAAAAAGGUCAGAUUACAAAUUUAUGUCAGUCAAGUCGUUUCUAUAGUAGCAUGACUUAAACCUUGAUCUAUUCUGCAUACUUUGUCAAAUGUUUCUCAAACAUUUCGUAUAAAUUUGACUUUAACCUUACAUCAUUACAUAGAGUACAUUCAUCAAAAAAUAUCGAGAUAAAUUCAUUACAGGAAAUUUUAAUUCCUUCAAAAAUAUUGAUUUUUCAUUUCAAAAUAUUAUUUCCUUCAAAAAUAUUUAUUUUUCAUUUCAAAAUAUUGUUUCCUUCAGUAAUUACUACUUUAAAAUUAUGGAGUUCAGGAGGUUCCCCUGUGUGAGGGUCUGUUUUACAAGCGUUUUUUGGGAAUUUUUUUCGAUGACCAGUGGAAAGAUAGAAUUUUUAGUUUUUUUAUCAUUUAUUUAUUAAUAUUUCGAGAGUAUGUAAUACAAAUUUCGAAUUGAAACCUUCAUUACAACGUUAAUUUUACCGCUUUAAAGACUCCUGCCUCGAAAAAAGCACGCUCCUUUCCUCUAAGAUUCCGGCUCAUUACCUUAUCUGAAAAAAAAAAAAAACAACAGGGUUUGAAUCUGUAAGCCUAAAUGCAUUGAGUGAACUAAAAUCGUUUGCAAAUAUUAAAAAUUCGAUUUUAUAGCGGACUUUUGAAAAAUAAGUUUUAAACUUCGUGAUAAUUUUGUUAUUUUUCCGUUAAGAAAAGAACAGUAAUACUGUGAAUUUUUGCAUGAUUCUACUUCACUCGAUGCAUCUAGGCUAACAGAUUAAAACGACGUUUUUUUUUUUCACAUAAGCUGAUGAGCCGGAAUCGUGGAAGAAGUGAAUGUACUUUUUUUCGAGGCGGGUAUCUACACAGCGGUACCAUUUACGUUGUAAUUAAGAUUUUUAUAGGAAAUCUGUUUAAUAUACUCUAGAAAUAUUAAUAAACAAAUGAUAAAAAGCACUCAAAGUUCUGUCUUCUCAUUGGUUGUUGAAAAAAAUUUCACAAGAAACGCUCAAAAAACAGACCCUCACAAGGAGGAACCCCCUUAAACAAUAAAAAUUACAUGAAUUUUUAAGUCAUGACAUGGGAACGACUAGACAAUGUUGUGCAAAGUUAAAUAAUGUCCUUUUACAAUCGAAAAUUUACAUAUAAGUCUUUUAAAAGAUACUUAUCAUGAUUCCAACUCUUUGCCUAAUUAAAUAUCAGAAACCAAAUUGGUUACUAAUAUAAUAUUAAUCAUAUGUAAAAAAUUAUUCUUAGUAAAAUGUUAAUUAACUGUAUAUUUAAAAUGUAUAAAAGAAGAUAUUUUAAGUUAAAUUUAAAAAGUUAUUCUUAUAAGUAAAAAAAUUCAAAUGAUUCAUGAGAAAUAGAAUCAGGCAAUAUAUAAAUAUGUAGCAAUUAAAAAUUAUUGUCUUAGGGACAUUCUCAGACAGUGGCCCCCACUUUUUAAAAAUAUGCAAUGAUUUUCAACUGUCAAAACCAUAUUAAAAUUUGAUUAAUUAAUUAAAAAAAAAUUAAAACCUUAAUUGAAAAAAGGACAACUUUGUCGUAAUUUCGUUGAGAUAUAAAAUUAAAAAAAAAUUACUUACAAUUAAUAUCAAUUGAGAGUUAAGCGAAAUUUGUUGAAUAAAUUUUAGCCAACAAAAUUGAAAAAUUCGAAUCAUAAAAUUGACAUUACGAUUUUAGUGAAAUUUAUUUGACGAAUUUUGUUCAACUCCUAAUUGACAUCAUGUGUAAAUAAUUGUUUUUUAAAUCUAUAUAUCGUCAAAAUUACAACUACAUUGUUCUUUUUUCAAUUAAUGCUUUAAUUUUUUUUUAUUUAAUUGAUAAAAAUUUGAUAUGCUUAGGACAGUUGAAAGUCUUUGAACAUUUUUAAAAAGUGGGGGGGGGGCACUGUCUGAGAAUGGCCUUAAAUGCUAUUAAUAGCUGGCAGCUAAUUUUUCGUAAUUAUCAACAUUAAGGUUUUGUAAUGUGUACUAAACAUCAUCGUCUUUGUACUUAGAGACUGCAAAUAUUUUCCAUACACAAUAAAUUCUUUUAAAAUUAUUAAUAAUUACUGGAAAAGUACUUGUAUAGAUCGUAUUACGUACGAAAAUUUUUUCUCAUUAUAUAUUGAAAUUGAAUAUCUACGAAAUUAUUAUAUAUUUAAAUGGAAAACAUUUAAGGAGAUAAUUUAAAACAUAAAUAAGCAAACAAAUUGUAUGAUGUGACGUUCGAUACCAUUGAUUUGAUAGCGAUUUAUUGUACAGAUCUUAAUUUCAUUGAGACUAAUAAGUUCUAUAAAUGUAUAUAAAUAAAAUUUUGAGGUCAAAGUGUUCGGGAGUUCACGUACUAGUAACUUAGAGAGCCUUCCAAGGUUAAAAAUGAAGUUGUGAUACAAUAAACGGUUUCUUUAAGUUAAAAAAAAAUAACUUUGUUAUAAAUGGUAUGUUUAUCAAGAAAUUCCAAGAUUAUUUUUAAGAAACUUUAACUUCGAAAUAACAAAAUAAAAUUUACCACUUUUUCAAAAUUGAAAUAUUUAUUUAGAUAUUUUUUACCAAUUACUCAAUCAUUAUUACUCAAUAAGUCUUAUAA